GCCAGAUGUAAAUAUGACAGCACCGUAUCCGGAAUCAUUGACCUUAAUUUCUUCUGUCGGUUGCGGCAUCUCCUUGUUUUUUAUGUCCAUCGCAUUAUUCAUGCAUUUCCUCCUACGGAAAGCCAAAUCAAAUCAGGCCACGAAGAUCCUGAUGAACAUGUUUGUGGCUUUGUCUCUACUGAAUGCAUCGUUUUUGUCAAACGAGAGCAUCGCUAACACAGGAGACAACGCUGCGUGUGUCUUCAUAGCGCUGCUCCUGCAUUACUCCAUGCUGGCCUCAUUCACCUGGUUCUUCAUUCAAGCUCUUCACAUGUACUUAUGGCUCAUCAGACAGAACGUCACCAUCUCAAACUACAUGAGGAAGAUCACCGUGUUGGGCUGGGCGUGUCCGGCUCCAAUAGUCAUAGUUAUCGUUUCUGUAGGAGGAUAUAAAGCGGUGGUCCUAAACACAACGUCUGGAAAAAUCGCACGAAUGUGCUGGAUUACAGAUUUGUACAUUCACUACACAGUGAACAUUGGCUACUAUGCUUUAGUUUUCAUCUUCACGACAGGAAUCUUCAUCAUGAUCGUCACUAAAGUCAUUCAGGCCAGAAACAUAAAAGCAACUAACAGCAAGAGAAAGACGUUCAGAAAGCAUCUGAUGAUGGUGUUGAGCUUGUUCCUGCUCUUCGGUCUGACGUGGUCUGUGGCGUUCUUCAGUUAUGGACCGAUGCUCGUUCCCUCAUAUUACAUAUUCACUGUGCUGAACUCAUUUCAGGGGUUUUUCCUCUUCCUGUAUUACUAUAACAUUCACGAUGAUGUUGCGGGUAGUUUCUCUGACGAUCCAGAAAACACAGACUCCACAACAACCAUCGCUCAAUCCAGCAUUAAUGCUGUAGAAAAUAUUUAUCACUAGCAUAAUUAAGACAGAAGGCUUUAUUUGUCUCUGACUGAUGUUGAAACUGAUUUAUACAGAUGUUGUUUAAGUGCAAACUGUGUAUUCUCACCAAAAUCAAUCUAAGAAACAACACAAAGACAAAUGUCACGAUUGAACAAGAAAACACAGUUUAAAAUG